AUGAACUACUGCCAAUCUGCCCGCGCUGCCUCGUCCUCCAAAUACCAGAUGUCCGCGUCAACGUCCAUUCCUGAUGCCCGGUUCGGCCUCACGUCCGCCGAGAUGCAGAUGGCUGUGCACCAGCAACAGAUCGCCCUCCAGGGCAGCCAUGCUGGUAGCCUUGUGUCCCGGGGGAGAGGCAUGGGGAGGAAUAGCAAUUCAAGCUCGCGAGCUACCAGUGCCGCCAGCGCUGCGAGUAGUCACGGCAGACUACUUCUUGACCCCGAUAGCUUGCAAGCGCUCUAUUAUCAACUCGAGAAUCUGUUGAGAGAUAUUAGGCGUAGAAUAGAUUAUUUGACUGAACAAUCCGAAAUCUCAAUCCAAAAUACCUAUGACCAAGCGGGCAAUGUUGUUGCGAAUGCAGAUGUCGAAAUCGCACGAAUGCGCCAAAUAUUAGAGAAUAUUAGUGAAUUGGAAACCGAAUUCGACAAGAUCCGGCGCAUCAGGGACAUUGUCAAACAAUACAGAUCUAGAGUGGAGAGUCUAGACCAUCGAUUGGACCAGGCCGCCCGCAGAAGACGUUGACAUGACAUUUUAUCUUGUUUAUCUCCAUCCACCUGCUCAUGUUGGUUUUCACGUGGUUUUGGGGGGCGGGAGGGAGGGGGGA